AUAGUCAGAUAAAUAAAAUUCUUCGAAGUUCUAAACGAAUUAAGGAAAAGUAUCAAAAGAACAUAUGUACUGAUGAGCAAGAUAAUGAAUUUUCUGAUGAGAAUCAGCAAGAAGAAAGCAUCAGUAAUGACCCCGACAAUAAUGAGGAAAUGGAUGUAUCGAUGUCAGCUAAUGAUAAUGAUGAGCCCUCAUAUAACAUUAGUAACCAAAACUCAGAUAUUGAGCAAGAGGGUUCUAAUAGAAAUAAUAGUGAUUCUCCAGAAAGGAGUGAAAUCGAAAGUUUAAAUAAAUUGAAACGUAAAACACGAUAUUCAAUGAGGUUUCAAAAAAAUGGGCCCUCGUAUAACGUUAGUAACCAAGAUUCAGAUAUUGAGCAGGAGAGUCAUAAUAGAAAUGAACCAGAAGGGGUGAAACCUAAGACACGAUAUUCAGAAAGACUUCACAAAAAAAGGGAAUUGGAUCAUAAGAAUGACCGAAAUACAAAGAAAAAGAAACCAAAUGCAUCACUAGAAAUUUCGUCUAAUUUUGAUAAAGCACGAAAAGUAUUUUCAUUUUUAAUGAUAUUGGGAUUUAUAAUGUUUGCUUUUGCGCAUUCUUUACAUCUCUUAUUACGUCCCGCUGUUGAAAUAUCACUGGAUCACCCAAGCUAUUCAUCUGAUACUAACAAUCCAUGGAACCUAGCAACAGCUUAUAAAUUUAUUUUUUUAAAUGGCACUAUAAAUGAAAAUAUAUCAAUUACUAAACCUCCUGAUUCAGAUACUAACAUGUUUACAAGACUUAAUACAGCAAUUUUGGCAGUCUAUAUUAUGAUUACAGGUGAUUCAACUCCUUUAUCACCUUGGGUUCUAGAUGAUAACGCUUGCUUAAUUUUGACCAAAAUCGAAUUAUUUUAUAUGUUACCUUUUCAAAGAAGAAAGCAAAAUUGGUUUCCAUAUAUUAUUUUCUAUGAGGUUCAUGUAAAUAAACUUCGAGAAUUUAUGAGAAAAAUUCAAAAUGGAUCAUGGACAGGCUAUAAAUCACCUUUUUUUGAUCCUAAUCUUCUUAGAACAAUUCCUCUUAGAGACAAAGUUGAUAUUGAAAAGAUGGAAAAAACAUUAGACGAUUUGGCUAAAAAAAUAGAACAACUCUAUAACAAAAAUAAAGAGAAAAAAGAAACCAAAUAA